GUUAAUUGUUUGACUUGGAGUAUAAUUUAAGCAUUUCUAGCUCGUGUGGCUCAACUUGCUUAAAAGCUGUUCAUUUAUACACAAGACUCGUUACCCAGCAACAUGGAAAAUAAUGAGGACAGUGAAGUGCCUCAGCCUGACACAAGUAAGCCUACAAACAAACGAACAGACAGCGCUGAACAUGCAGAAGAGUUGAGUUCUGUAAGUCGUGAACAACCAGUAGCCGGUUGCAGCACCUUCGCCAUGGCAACUCCAAUUGGAAAUCGUAAACCAUUGAGGAGAAAACGUAAACCAUCUCGCUACCAAGAUGCAAUGUUUGAUAUUCCAUCAAAGCUAAUGAACAUUAACCGGGAAAUAUCAAGCGAGGUAUUUGAAGCCUGUCAGAAAAGUACUAAGACGCCUAAACCGAAGCCUGUGCGGGCAGAAAGACUGGACAAAAUAGAAGAAUGUAGUGGAACUAUGGAGUGCCCACCAAGGAUAUGCAUACCAGAAGAGGUUGGUGUAGGUUUUGAUGAAAACGGCCACUUUAAGUUCAAGGUAUGCAAGCAACAUACUAUACGGAGAAAGGGCAGUGGCCUGGCCUCGUACAGGUGUGAUGUGUGCGAAAUGGUGUUUCCUCGCUCCUUCAAGUCUUCGUCGCCAUUAUGAACGAAUUCAUAUUAAUCCUCGCUUCGUGAAAAACAAACGAAAGAAGGAUCUCGACAUAUUAAGCAAGAUAAUAGCACAGCAGAAAGCAUCCACUGGUGGUACAGGAAAGACGAAAUCUCAUGUCGAGUUAGGCAAAAGUAACAACAGCAAGAGUAAGAAAGUCGCAGGCAAACCUAGAGUCGAUGGAAACGAAAGCAGUAAUAAGACAAUUGCUUCCGACGGUCCCGAGGGGAACGAAAACGACCCUUCCUAUUAUCUCUAUGCUUGUAAAAUAUGCGUCAGACAGCAGUUGUUUUUUAAAGACAAAGCUGGCAUCACGGCGCAUCAUCAGGCAAAACACAGCAACGUGGUUCGCAAAAUGGUGAACGCGUUCAAAUGCGAAACGUGUGAAAGGACUUAUUCCACACGCCAUGAACUGCGCCGACAUAAACGAAGUCACUCAGGGGAGCGACCUUACGCUUGCAGAUUCUGUGCGAAACGUUUUCCAACAUCCACAAAUGCGAGAAGGCAUGAGCGAACGCAUACUGGUGACCGACCCCACGUUUGUAAAGUAUGUGAGAAGGGUUUCAUCCAGAAAAACGACAUGGUCAAACACCUUCGUUCAAUCCAUAAGAUGAAGGUGACGAAAACUAAAGCGGAAAGAGCCGAGAAGAAAAAAAAUAUAGCGAAAGAGAAAAUACCAAAAUUAGUUCAACAACCGAACAAGAACGAGGACAAAAGCAACCGUUUUGAAGAAAACAUCGACUUUGCUGCUUAUCUUAAUCUUGAUCGCUUCGAAAAGGGAUCUUUAAUGGGUGGAAAGAGCACAGAGCAGAAGUUGUAUAAGCAAAGGAACGGGAACGAUCGGUGUACCGUUGAAGAAAGCGAUAAUCAAGAGCAUGUACAGAAACCUUCUUCAUCUGAUGCAGCAUCAGUUGUUGCCUCAGAAGACACAAAAGAAGAACCACUGCGACAGUUCAAAUGUUCGGAUUGUGUCAAGUCUUUCUCCAGCGAUGUAAACUUACGGCGCCACUACAGGCUUAAGCAUGUUCGAAAAAAAAUCGUACGAUCAACCGUACCAGUGAGCAUGGUAGUGAAAAAAUACAAAAUCCAAGACGAAUUGAAAGAGACGUUGGAUAAGGCAGCAGUUCAAACAAAUAAGCCUGCACCAGUUGUGGGAAUCGUAUUCAAAGAAACAAAUCUAGCAACUAACGAAGAACCUGCACAUGUAAUCACGGAAGAAAAAGAGAGUGAUCUAAAAGACGCUGUCCCAUCAACAGAAGCUGCAGUGGUGGAAACUGACACCAACAUUAAGCACACGGAGGAAAAUCCGCCAGCAGAACAGGCGGCCUUGUGUACACUUCCUAAGCCGAAACGUGUCAAGAGUGGAUCUAAAUUAAACAGCAUAUUGGAGCGUCUCUCUCACCGUCAAGAGCAACAAAAGUAAGUUGAUAUUGUAUGA